CAUUGCCGAACUGUCACUCACUUUAUUUUCUGAAAUGGAGUCUAUGAAUGUGAAACCCAACACCUUUUCUUUCAACCAACUUAUGAGUGUCUUGCUGAAGUGCGGUGACGACAGGAUAUUUGGUGUCUAUCGCACCAUGCGUGAACGGUACAAGGUCCAAAAAGAGGAAAUUGAAGUGCAGAUCAAGCGCGAAGCAAAGAAGAAGCGAGCGAUAAGGAUGCGGACCAGUGAAGAACCAGAAAUUCUACAGGAGGGCGUAAUGGAUAGUUGCAGCACAAGUCCCACGGAGGCCCCAUUAACGCUCGAGGAGAUGAUGGGUAUGGAGGACGUGAAGAAGCCUGCACGCAUUGCGGCACGUCAAAUCCGACCUAACCUUGAUACUUACCGCAUUAUUCUUUGUGCUUGUCUCCAAAUGGAUUUGGCAUCAAGAUAUAACGUCUUUUACGACAAGAUGCGAGCGGAGGGUCUUGUGCCUGACCACGAUAUGGCUAUUCUCAUGGAAUCGAUUUGUGAAGCCAACGGAGACAAGGCACUGGCGCUUCAAAUACUUGAGGAGGCGAAAAGGAAUGGUGUGGUGAUUGAUGUGACAUUGUUCAAUGGCUAUCUAAAUGUCCUUGCCUCACUGGGAGAUGCGGAAUUAGUAGGCAUUGUGGAAGUGAUGCAACUUGGCAUUAUCUCGUUUAAUGUGCGCCCCGAUGUAGAAACAUACAACACAAUGCUCCGUGGCUAUCUUUGCAUGAAUAAAUAUGACGAGGUGGAAAAAUUAUUUUCUUCCAUGUAUUUAUCGUACUCUCAGGUGACAUGUAACGCAGAGACUUUUUGCUGGGUGCUGCGGGCGUACCGCGAGAAGCGUGACACAGAAGCAGCCACACAAUUGCUGGAAUCAAUGCGACGGCGCAAUAUUUCUAUCACGAUUCAACAUUACCAUGAAUUAAUGCGGGUAUACUUGGAGGCGGAUGAUCCACGCGUUGAAGAUGUCUUUUGGUCGCUUAGAAAUUCCAGGGAUAAAUCGCAGCCGGGGGCUGAUGCCGAAUGUUUUUUUCUUUUGCUGAAGCACUACUUACGACAAGAAAAAUAUGUGGAACUUGAGAGGCUUUUUACAGAAUUAAGAGCAGAUUUAGACGUGGAAGCGGAUGCUGGAUGUUAUAGCGUUAUGCUGGAGAUGUUUUUUGUCCAAAAGAGAGUUACGGAAGCCAGAGCGCUCUUUACGGAUAUUCGCAUGAAGUGUGUUCCGCCGUCGACAAGAAUAUACAAUGCGCUUUUGCGAAUCUUUGUAUCCGAAGGCGAUGCAGCCAUGUAUGACGUUCUGGAUGACAUGAAGACGAACCACAUUGCGCCAGCGGCCAAUACUCUUGGUAUUCUAUUGGAGUAUGCUGAAGGUAGGCGUCUUGUUUCGACAGCCGUUGAGCAAAAGAUAUUUUGGAACCCUGCAGAAUUAUUGGUAGGGCUUUGA